AUGAGCGCAGAUAUUAGAGGAAGCGCUGCGCGCAGCUCAUCUGCUACUGAUGCUUUGUCCGAUACUAGUGAUCUAGGAACUCUUGCGAGAAAUGGAAUCUCAUCAGUCAUUAUUGCUUCGGAAUGGCACUUCAAGCCAGCAGGAGUUAUGGAAGUUGAGAAACGUUUCGCAGAGAAAAGAGACCGAAUGCGCGCUGACGGCUAUAUUCAAUGGCUCGAUCAGGAUCAUCAUUUCAAGCUUUCUUCAGAAAGACAUCUCAUACCUUUGUUAGAAGAGUUGUAUCAGAUCACGAAAGCGAUAAUUGUACAAGAACGUGGUGAUAGAGAAGCAGAUUCCGAGGAUGAUGAAGAAGAAGAGGAAGAAGAAGAAGAAGAAGAUACACGUAGCGAAUGGUCAACUGAGUUUCAAAGCGAUUUAAUCGUGAAAGUGGAUGAGUACGAACCGUCUCAACAUACACGCUCCCCCAAUCCAGCUUCAGAUGACACAUUCUAUCCAGAUACUAUUAAGAAGUAUAGUUAUCGCGACAUCUGGGUCUAUCCUGGAGAAAAGUUGAUUGACGAGUUUUUGAAACUACCCAUAGUCCUGGAGUUGCAGACAUUAACAAACAGCAAGAUUGUGAAGUCACCUAGCCAAUCAAAGGUUUAUAUUGGAUCAUACAAGCAUGGCAGUGUUGAUCUGGUUAUCCAUAAAAUCAACAAUAUUGCGAAGUACAGUUCGAUAUAUGCCCCGCAGUACCAUAUUUUCUAUACAGAAGAAGUAGAAUCGUGCAAGUUUAUCAUCAAAGCGUUUCCAGAGAUCAAGAAGAAAUACCUUGAAACGACCCUUUUUGAACAAGAGUAUCCUGCUGGAUAUCUAUUGACAAAGUUUACAGUCAGAGCUUGUCCAUGGAGUACAGCUAAGGUAACAUUUAUUCCCAUCAAAAUUGGCAAGUAUACUCCCGCAGUCCCAAGUCCAGGUACACAAAUCUCUGCAACAAAACCGUGGGCUGGAUUUGUUUGGAAAUCUCGAGGAAGUCCAGAAGAUGAUCCCGUGAAAUACUUUCCUGGUGGAUACAAGAAGGAAAUUGAGAGACAGGAAAAAGAAGAUGCAAAGUCAAAAGAAGAUAUCAGUUCAACAUGCGUUGAUAUUGAGGGCUGGGUAGCAAAUGCCACCACUACUACCGAUGCUUCGAAGGGCUUAGAUAUUCUAGACUGGAGGGGAACCAUUGACACGAGCCUGAAUUCUUUAGCUCGUUUGGCAAUGGCCUCAGAACCGGAUUCGAAUGUAACAAAUGAGAAGCCGAAUGCCGAACGCUGGAAUCCCAGUAUUCAUCAAGAGACAACAGCCAAACUCAGUAUGCAUCCUACUCCGGCAAAAUAUGGUGGUGUUCCCUCAGAGUUAGAGAGAAAUCUGUCAAAUGGGGAGCUUUCACCGGAUAGAGUUACAACCAAGCCUAGUACUAUGCAGUCGUGUCUUCUUGAUUCUGCAAUUGAUGCGGAAUUGGCGAAUUUUGAUUGGAACGCAUUGAGACACAACGCCACAGAGAAUACGCUCGUUGAUGUUAGCUCAAGUCCAACUAGAUCCCCUAAUUUGAGGAUAUUCGAUACAACACACGGUUCUGAUGCUUUAGGCGAUCAACAAUUUUUGGCCUUAGAGCCACCGGCCUUACCAUCCUCGCUGAGGUCGCUGGCAUUACCACAGCUUCCGUCAGAGGAGCUUGAGAGCUUGAUGGGUAUGGCACCUGUUUCGAUGAUAGAUUCAACAUCGAAUCCUAGUGAUGAGUUCUUGAGCUCAAUGGCAUUUCCCGAACUUCCAGGUUCGAAGCCUUCUUUGAUUUCUCCUAACAACUGGCCAAUAUUACCAUCUCCCCAAAGUGUGGGCUCUUCAAAGUCAAAGGCUUGUCGCGAAAAUCAAUUACCACAGCCUCGCCGUCAGCAAGAGGACGAGACAACUACUCGAGUUUUCCACAGGACCAUGGGUCAAAAAGCAUCAAUCAAGAAAGAAGUGACAAAGCUGGCUAUUGUGCUAAUGCUACAGGAGUCAUUCCUGAAGAACUUCGAAGUACUGCUUAGUGGUUUGAUGUCGCCAGUGAGAGGUUUUCGGGGAGAGGUUAAGGUGCACAUAGACUUUGGUAGAAUCUUACUAGGUAAUCUCCCGGUGAAGAUUGUUUCGAAAGAGGAACAGAACAAACCAUAUGAUGAGGACUCUAUCACUCCACACCUGUACCCCUCACUCGGCGGCAAACUUCGAGAGGGAGAUGGCCCUGAAGUUACGUUCACCAAUAUUCUAACAGCAUUGGAAGCCGAUACUACCUUCCUCUUGAACCUCAAAAAUAAUGAAGGCGUUCGUCUCUGGUCUGAAAAGUGUUCCGAGUGGAAAGUUACUUACGAGUUUACAUGCCUGGAACUACGUACUGACAAAUUAUUUACCAUUGAGAUUGAUGCAGAGACCUUCGAAACUCACAUUGUGGUGUUGAAAAGAUGCGGCGGAACGUAUGUCCAUGGCACAAUGCGUCACUGGGAUCUGCAGCUUCACAUUGAGGGAAUUGAAGACGAAGAAGACAUCCGAAGUAACUGGCCUGGUUUUGACGAUCUAGCUACAGAGAUGCAACAAACCCUUUACAUUCCUCCUGGAAACCACAAACCAAAUCAUGCCCUUAAACUCCCAAAGCAUAUCAUGGAUCAAUUCAUUAUCUAUCAUCUUAAGAUUCGCAAGACUAGAAGUUACAUCAGUCCUGAUGGCAACUCUAAACUGAAUAUCACCGAGGUGGAUAAAUCUCGUGGUCACGAAUUGCAGGUUAAAGAUCAAGGAAUCUUGGUGUACGUUUUUCAAGAGGAGAAAAGAGAUUUCAACGUCGAGACGAAUUGGCAAGAAGUUUCGAUUACAUCUGUGGCGAUAGACAAACUUUUGGAACAGAACAUGACACUCGAGCUUGGCGAAGAGGUACAAUGGACACUUCAGGAUCUGGCAGCAAAGAAAGUCUCUAACGCUCUUAUCAAGCCCGCAUGUGCCAUGCUAGCGCAGAUGGAUGGUGUCGGUUUCUAUAACGAUGUUCAGGAUCUUGGUCAAGUCCUCAAAUCGUAG